ACUCAGAACACAGGCAAAUUCAACAGCUCCUCCUUGAGCUCCUUUCCAUCGAUAACCUUCUAGCUAGAUACACCUCGUUUCCCAGUCCAAAGCACAGCUCCAAAAUGGCUGCAAAGGCAAUGGCACUUGCACUGCUUGUGGUUGUGAGCAUGGCACAGCUUUCCAUGGGUGCAAGGCGGCGCAUGGAGCUGUACAAGCCAGACCCAGCUGACAUGCUCUCCUACCACAGCGGCGCGGUGCUCCAGGGCAACAUCCCGGUAUCCAUCUACUGGUACGGCGUGUUCACGCCGGCGCAGAGGUCGAUACUCUUCGACUUCCUCCUGUCGCUCUCGGUGGCGCCUUACGCCGCCGCGCCGUCCGUUGCGCAGUGGUGGGGCAGCAUCGACGAGCUCUACCUGUCCAAGGCGGAGGUGCAAACCAACUCCAAUGGCCAGAGCAAGAAAAGCCGGGUUCUGGUCGUGGACCAAGUGUCCGACAUCAAGUGCUCCAUGGGCAAGUCCCUCACACUGGCGCAAGUCGCGGCCCUGGCGGCGCAGACCAAGCCCAAGAAGGGCGGCAUUGCUCUGGUGUUCACGGCGCAGGACGUGACCGUGGACGGCUUCGGCAUGAGCCGGUGCGGCCUGCACGGCUCCGACGCCAUGUCCGGCACCACCUACAUCUGGGUCGGCAACCCAGCGACGCAGUGCCCCGGCGAGUGCGCGUGGCCGUUCCACCAGCCCGUAUACGGCCCGCAGGGCGCGCCGCUCGUGGCGCCCAACGGCGACGUCGGGAUGGACGGCAUGGUGAUGAACCUCGCCACCAUGCUCGCCGGCACAGUGACCAACCCGUUCGGCGACGGCUACUACCAGGGCAGCAGGGGCGCACCGCUGGAGGCCGCCACUGCGUGCCCGGGAGUCUUCGGGAGCGGCGCGUAUCCUGGAUUCGCCGGUGAGCUGAAGGUGGAUCAGGCGACGGGCGCAAGCUACAACGCCAAUGGCGCGAACGGGAGGAAAUACCUGCUUCCUGCGCUCUACAACCCAUCCUCUGGUUCGUGCAAAACGCUGGUUUAGAGCAAACUGCAACAAGAUGACGGAUUUUUUGUUUAUGUAUAUACGGGCCGUGUGUAAUUCUUUCAUUUGUGGCACUAUCAUGUUCUAGGCAAUAAUGCUGAUUGGAGAAAAUGAAUU